AUGUCGAAAGUGGAAUCUCCAACGAAAUUAGGCACCGGCGAGCACGCCGACGUUGGCGAAGGUGAUGCGGCGACAGAAAGAAAGGAGAUGCUUCCACGCCACGACUUUGGCAAACGUUGGCACCGUUUCCGCGUCCUAACGCCGCGAUCGUUCAUAAUCCGCGGUUCCCGUGCCAUGAGCGAUCUCCGAUUCAAAUACAGAAGUCGUGGCCGUCAGGCGGCCCCGUGCUCGGUGCUGGCGGUCGUUUACGGUCGGAUGUUUCAGCCGAAGGAGUGGACGCAGGAGCAUGUCGACCAGGUGCUUGACUACGGCGACAAGCUGUUCCGCUUGAGCAUGGUGAAGAACCCGCUGAAGGACCACGAGUAUAUGAGGACCGACCUCGUGCACGACGAAUUCUACGUGAGCGUCUACAAGGUCCUGAUCUGCGUCGAGGACAACGGCAUCCGCGGCAACCUCUUCAGCGAGUCCGUCGGCUGCUCCGACCUCGCGGACGGCUUGCGGAAGUUCCUGCGGGACGACGACGACGUCGGAGGGGUGAUCACGGCGCAGGGCCACUCCGUGGCUGUGUGGCGCCAAUCCGCCCGGGCUGAGUUCUUCUACUACGACCCGGCGUCGUGCGAUGAGACAGGUGUACGUCGUCCUGGUGGCACCGCUUGCCUCAUGAGGUUCAAGUGCCUCGACGACAUGCGCGAUCACAUGCUGAAGAGCGUGAAUCCCCGUUACGACUCCCGAUAUUGCAUCGACCGGGUCACCGUGUUGCGCGUCGUGGAGGUCGGUCGACCGUUGGUCGACCCCGCGACCAGAGUCGUCGUUGGUCCUGUAGUGCAGAAAAGCGUGCUGCGAGCCAUCAACCCGGUAGACACCGAUGAGCACAAGCUGGACUGUACCAAGCCGGUGCCGAAGAACGAAGGGCUGCGCAUAUCAGCUCGAAUACGCAAGGAGCCGUUGUCCAUCACCAUCUCCAACUAUAGUAUCGACCGACGGUUCGCCACGGAGCCGUUGGUGAACCGGGACGACUUCGACACCGGUUACUCCUACGACGCCAUGCGGAUGAACGUGCCGUCCACGUUCAAGGAGCUGCCUGGAAAAGCGGCGAUUCUUCGUGGGUUCACUCACGAGGCUAGCGACGUGUACAAGGCCAAGGGCGCGCAGAAUGCGGCGAACUGCGUCAUGGCCAUCGUCAUGAAGGAGGUGCACCCGGUGAAGACGUGGUUGAGAUCCAGGUUGGACGAGAUCCUCGCGUUGGGCGAUUCGGUGUACGCUAGCGUGAAGGCCGAGAAGCCGAUGAUAAAGACGAUGACUGCCGUCGAUUUGGACGACGUCAAGGUCAAGGUGGAGAACCGUAAGCUGGCAGUGGACGUGGAUCUGAUCUCUGUGACCGGUACGGUAAGUUCGAAGGCGCCGUCGGUGUUGAACUUGAAGCGAGCGUUGGACGAGUUCUUCAUGCUGUACGACGACGGAGUGCUCGAGACGAGCUUCGUGGCGGUGGCGGUCUGGAGCCAGAAUGAUUGUUACUACAUGUUUGACCCUCGCUCUUGCGACGCCAUGGGUGUGAGGCUCAGGGAGGAGAAGGCUGCCAAGGCGGACAAGGGGAAAAGGGAAGACACUGAGAGGAAGCAGCAAGGAAGCUGCUGUGUGACGCGAUUCCCGGACGUGGACUCGUUGGUCGCGCUGUUCCUGAAGAAUGUCGAUCCGGCUAAGAAGAACGACAGGUUCACCGUCAGGCACGUCACAGUGAUGGACGACAAGCCUGGCAGUCGCGCCUGGAACGAAUUCCAGCCCGGUGUGCCGGGUAAGACUUGGGUAUUGCGCGGCAGCAUCUCCAACAUGGACGAGUUGUUUGAGGAAGAGAAUCAAGGAGCACAGGGCCUGCCCAUGUCGGUGGUGGCUUUGGUGAAUGCGAGGGAAAUUCCUGCGGCGAAAUGGAGCAGCGAGAUCGUCGACGAGACGCUGCGAGAAGGCGACGCUUACUAUAGCUGGUGCAAACCUCCCGUGACGGAGGAGGAGGUAGAGGAGCCAAAGACGCUUCUCCUUGAGAACCUGAAGAGGCACUUCUACCUGAAGAAUCGCAAGGUGAAGAUCGACGUCGAAGAGGCAGCGAUCGUGGGAGACUUGUUGGCUCCGGACGACUCCGAGGUGCCUAAUUUGAAGACAGGACUGCGUCGGUUUUUCGACAAUAAGCAAUACGGGAUAGUCGAGACGAGGGAUCUCGCAGUGGCCGUGUGGAAGGCUGAGGAAGAGCUCAAGAUGAAGGAGAACGACAAGGACAAGGAGACGUUCUAUUAUUACUUCGACCCGAAUCCUCGACAUGCUCAGGGUCAGGUGGCGGAGGGAGACGAAGAGAGCACCGCCUACGUGGUGCGCACAUUGGAUGUUGCAGCGUUGGCGGAGCAGAUCCAGAAGAACGUUGAGCGAGAAAAGGAGAACGACUUUAUGAUACACGAGCUAAAGAGCGUCUCCGUCGGUGCACCGAUGACGGACGAGGAAGUUGAGGCGGAUAGGAAAGUUCUAGUCAAGCCGGAUCUGAACAACUACUCCGCCAUAGGCGAAACUGGCGCUGUGCUUUUGGGCAGCAUCAACCAGGGCAACGAAACGCUCUUCAAACGGCAGACGAGGGGCAAGCAGCAAGCCGCAAACUCUCUCACGACUCUCGCCAUGACGAGACUCUACAAUCCUCAUCUGUGGCACCGUGAACUCGUGGACGAUAUCCUGAAGAUCGGCAACAGGCUUACCAACGACAACCUGAUGAAUCUGCCGGAGCCGGAGACUGAAGACGAAGUGCCCAGGGACUACCUUCUCCCAUCGGAGAUCAUGGAGGACUUUGACAUAGGAGUCAACCGGAUAUCGGUCGGUCUCGAGGAGGAGGUCGUCAGCGAACCGGUGAUGGAGAUGGCGAGCUUGCUGGAGCAGUUUUUCAAGGAGAACACGAUGGGAGUUCUGCGUCAGGACGAGACGAUGAUGCCGAUUUGGAGGGAAGGAGAGGUGUUCUUCACGAUGGACCCCAAGGGCAGGGACGCUCAUGGCGAACCCGUUGAAAAGAACGGAGCUGCGGCGGUGAUGUGGUACACCGACGUGCCGUCCUUGGCCAGGGCGAUCCAGGCGGUCGCACGUGGUGGCGACUUCGUCAUCGACGCCGUCACGGUGGAGAACGCGUACGAGACGCGGGCGGCCGAGGCUCGGCAAGCGAAGAGGACCACGCCCGGCGAGGACCUGUGGCAUCACUUCCCCAAGCUUGCUGACGGCGUCUGGAGCAUCGACGGGAAAAUCACCAUGACGGACGAGAGGUUCGACGAGGUGAAUCGCGGCGAGCAAAGCGCGGCCAUCGCCGCGAUGGCCGUCAUCUUCUCCAAGGUGUAUCAACCGAAAUAUUGGACGUCAGAUAUCGUCGACGAGGUCGUGAUCACGGGUGACAAGCUCCACUCAAAGUGCGUGGAAAGGCUGGGUGUGGGUUCGGUGCCUCUGGUGAACGAAAUCAUCAGCGAGUUCUUCCUGUCAACACGGCGCAUCGCUUUGACAAUCAAGGAUUGUGCGCAGGCGGGUAUUCUCACCGGCAGCACGCCCAAGGUCCAAGACCUGCGAAGCGGCAUCGACAGCUUCUUCCAGAAGCACGACGCUGGUGCGUUGACCGUGCGAGGAGAACGAAAUAUAGCCAUAUGGAAGGUCGACGACGCGUAUUACGUCUUGGUGCCUGACUGGCCCAUCACCGUGGAAGAGACCACAUCGAGGGCACCGCGGCUGUUCAGGUUCAGGAAUGCGAGUCUCCUCGUGGAAUACCUGCUGAGUGAUCUCGGCGAGGAAGGCGACUACCAGAUCAGCGCGAUCGACGUAUUGGACUGGAGCAAACUGCCACCGUGGAAAUUCGACCCUAGCCCGGGGAUUCGACCGACAAACUUGCCGCCCAUGAACGGCUACAGAAGAUUGCAAGGUGAAGCCCGCGCGAUCCUGCGCGGCAGUUAUCAUCAGGGCGACGACGUGUUCCCCGAGGCUCUACGUAACCGGCAAACAGCGGCGAAUUGCGUCGUGGCGCUUGGCAUGUCGGUCAUCAAAAGUCCCGUCACGUGGACGAAGAAAACUCUGGACGAGAUCCUGGCGAUUGGCAGUGGCGUUCAUCUGGAGACGAAGAAGACCAGACCCUUCAAGUCGAGGCUCAAGCCGAAGGAUAUCAUCAGGAUAUUCUACGUGGGUGUUAACGUUCUAACCGCUGACGUGGAGCCUAACAUUGUGAGCGGCCAAGUGGCGAUCGCCCCUGUCGUUCUCGAGGAGACGAAGAAAAUAGUAAAGAAGAAGAAAGAAAAGAUACAGCCGAAGGGAGGGAGAGCCGGCAAAGACAAGGAAGCGAGACGAGAGCUAGCGCCAGCUCUGCCUGUGAUCUUGCUUGAAGAAGGCCUGCGGAAAUUCUUUCAGAGUAACCGCGCCGGCAUUCUGGUGACCGAUCGCGGUAUGACCUCCAUCUGGAAAGAUCUGGGCGUCUACUUUAUGUACGACCCACGAGCACGAAGCGACGAGGGCCUGCCGGACGCUGACGGCACCUCGUGCAUCAUGUGGUUUGCCUGCAUGGAACCCUUGUACGACGUUAUCUUCGCCAACAUCAGUCAGGAAGAGAAAUACGGACCUUUCGAGAUCUGUCGGGUGAUCGUAAAGACCGUCAUGAUCGAACCCUUGCCGUGCCCAGCCGGCUUCCAAACCUGCUUCGAUCGCACCUCGUCAUCCAUCAUGCCGAUCAUCUCUGUCAAAGAGACACCUGCACUGAACGUGCGACCGCUCAGCGAGUACAUCUUUGUGGACGAAGAGCUGAGCAUUUUACGCGGUACUCUGCACAUGAAUCAUCACGUCUACAGCCCGGAAAACCGAGGUUUGCAGAGCACAGCGAUCGCGACAGUCGCAAUAGUCGUAGGGCUGCUGCACGUGCCGUCCACGUGGACGGCCAAGUUGGUCGACUCUGUGCUCAAAUACGGCGACUUGCUGCACUCGGACAGCGUCCGGCUGGCGCGUCCAGGCGCCAGGAACCUCUCGCCCAGCGAGCUGCUCACCGUCUUCAUCGUGGGCGAUUUCCGCGUCACCGUCCACGUGCACAAUUAUACCGCGGCGGGCGUACUCCACGUCUUCGACCUGUCCGAGGCGCUGGGCAUGUUCUUCCGCACCAACUGCGCCGGAAUACUGCACACGACCGACAUAGCGGUGGCUGUGAUGCAACACUACGGCAAGUUCUAUAUGUUCGACCCGAGCCCGAGGAGCGACCGGGGCAGACCCUCACUCGUCAACGGCGCGGCCUGCGUGAUGAGGUGCGACAGUAUCGCGAGGAUGACCGAGCUCUUCGUGUCGAAUUGCAAUCUCAGAAGGCCGAACGUGUACACUCUAAACGCGCUCAACGUGCUGAGCCUGCAGUUCUUUUCGGGCGCGAGGACCAUUUGCCUGUCCAAGUGUGAACAGUGACGUCUCCUCAAGGAGGUUCACAUUAUGCUGUAACAUUCCCUAUAACUCGACUGCAGAGUACGUGGAAUAAACCAACACCUCAAU